UGGAAAAAUGAUCGAGAAGACAAGAGCGACGAAGACAAAGACGAUGUUACAAAUAUACUAUGUGAUCGUUGUACAAAACAAGUUAUUCGUCGGUCAUCAAAAACUGAACAUUCGGCAUUAUUAAAAAAUGUAUUUGUGAGCGCUAUGGAACAAGAACGAGAUAUUGAAAAAAACUUUAAUACGUUGAUUCGACAGCAACAGCAACAGAAAACAGUAAGAAAUACUAAUAAUAUAGCAACAAGAAAUCAUAUUCCGACCCCUCCUUCUUCGAAUCAUCGUCUUCCUUCUCGAAGUCAAUCACCAUUAGUUAAUAACACUAAUCAACGAGCUAAAAUUACGCAAUCAUCCGUAGCACCAUCGCAGUUUGCUACCAAAUUAUCUCAACAACAGCAAAUUAAUCGAAAAUCAUUAUCUUUGCCCAAACAGCCAAUUAAUCAUACUUCGUUACAACAUGCACGACAACCACAAAUGCUACAAUCAGCACCACAGCAGCAGAGACAUUCUCAUUCUGCAAGACCCGUUCAAUCAAUGGAAAAUAAUCAACGACAGUUACCCCAAUCAGCUAAUCGUCAAAAUAUUCCUCAUCCACAAAUACCUUCUCUACUUCAGCGACAGCAGCAACAACAACAACAGCAGCAAAUGCAAACAAUGAAAACAGCUGUACGACGGUCAUUUCCGGCAAACAUGUGA